AUGACGUCACAGCAGAGAGCAGGUUUCCCUCUCAGACCAGAGAAGAUGAGUGAUUUGGAGGAAGAGGAGGACAGACCAGAGUCUGUCUGUCUGUCUAUGAAGAGUGCCCGGUUCAGAGACCCUCCUCUAUUCUUCAGUAAUAAACCUGGACCCUCAAAGACAAAAUGGAGAGCAGAGUCUCCAGGAUCCACCUGUCUGUCUAUGAAGAGUGACUGCUCCAAACGUUUUGAUCCUCCAGACUUCAGUAAUGAACCUGGACCCUCAGACACAAAAGAGAAGAGGAGGAGGAGAAGGAGGAGGAGGAGGAGGAGGAGUGGUGUUUGUGAGGAGGAGCAGCUGUCCUGCUGUUCUUUGUGUCAGGACGUCCUGAAGGAUCCAGUCUCUACCAGCUGUGGACACUGGUUCUGCAGACAGUACAUCACCUCAGACUGGGACCAGUCUGGUUCAUCAGGAGACUCCUCCUGUCCCCAGUGUGGACAAAGAUCCAGACCAGGACCUGGACUGCAGACAGCCAGUCAGACCAGCACUGUACAAAAUAGUGGUCUGCAGGAGGUUUUAGAUGAACAUCAGAUCAGUCUGAGGAGGAGAUGUGAACGUGUGACUGAAGGAACUGAUGGAACAGGAAGUAGAACCCUCCUCAACAGGAUCUACACUGAGCUCUACAUCACAGAGGGACAGAGUGAAGAGGUUAAUACCCAACAUGAGGUGAGGCAGCUGGAGACAGCUUCCAAGAAGAAGACCCUCCAUGACACUCCAAUCAGGUGCCAGGACGUCUUUAAAGCCUUACCUGACCAACAGAGACACAUCAGAGUGGUUCUGACCAACGGCGUCGCUGGUGUUGGAAAAACCUUCUCAGUGCAGAAGUUCACUCUGGACUGGGCAGAGGGCUUGGAAAACCAAGAUGUCAGUCUGCUGGUUCUGCUUUCGUUCAGGGAGCUGAACCUGAUCAGAGAUGAGCAGUACAGUCUUCUCACGCUGCUCCAUGUUUUCUAUCCAACAUUACAGAAGGUCACAGCAGAGAAGCUGGCUGUCUGUAAAGUUCUGUUCAUCUUUGACGGCCUGGAUGAAAGCAGACUUUCACUGGAUUUCAACAACACGAAGGUUGUGUCUGACGUCACACAGAAGUCAUCAGUCAACCAGCUGCUGACAAACCUCAUCCAGGGGAAUCUGCUUCCCUCGGCUCUGGUCUGGAUAACUUCCAGACCUGCAGCGGCCAAUCAGAUCCCUCCUUCAUGUGUUGACAGGGUAACAGAAGUACAAGGCUUCACUGACCCACAGAAGGAGGAGUACUUCAGGAGGAGAUCCAGUGAUGAAGAGCUGUCCAACAGAACCAUCUCACACAUCAAGACCUCCAGGAGCCUCCACAUCAUGUGUGGAGUCCCAGUCUUCUGCUGGAUCACUGCUACAGUUCUGGAGCACAUGUUGACUACAGAGCAGAGAGGAGAGCUGCCCAAGACCACGACUGACCUGUACUCACACUUCCUGCUGGUUCAGACAAAGAGGAAGAAGAACAAGUACCAUGAGGGACAUGAGACGAGUCCACAGGAGCUGACGGAGGCUGACAGGGAAGUUCUUCUGAAGCUGGGGAGGCUGGCGUUUGAACAACUGGAGAAAGGAAACAUCAUGUUCUACCAAGAAGACCUGGAGCAGUGUGGUCUUGAUGUGACAGAGGCCUUGGUGUACUCAGGAGUUUGUACAGAGAUCUUCAAAAGAGAGAGUGUGAUCUUCCAGAAAACAGUCUACUGCUUUGUUCAUCUGAGCGUUCAGGAGUUUCUGGCUGCAGUCUACAUGUUCCACUGUUUCACCAACAGGAACACACAGGUACUGGAGGACUUCCUGGGAGAAGAUCACAGUGACCCAUGUCUGGAGGACUUCCUGGGAGAAGAUCACAGUGACCCAUGUCUGGAGGACUUCCUGGGAGAAGAUCAUAGUGACCCAUGUCUGGAGGACUUCCUGGGAGAAGAUCACAGUGACCCAUGUCUGGAAGACUUCCUGGGAGAAGAUCAUAGUGACCCAUGUCUGGAGGACUUCCUGGGAGAAGACUGGGAACAUGAAAACUUUGAUUCAAGUAUGGAUGAUGAUGAUGAUUAUGAUGACGACGAUGAUGAUGAUGAUGAUGAUGAUGAUGAUGACGAUGUUUGCCCAGGUCCAUCUCUGGAUGUCUUCCUGAGGGGAGCCAUGGAGAAAUCCCUCAAAAGUGAAAAUGGCCACCUGGACCUGUUUGUUCGCUUCCUUCAUGGCCUCUCUCUGGAGUCCAACCAGAGACUCUUAGGAGGUCUGCUGGGUCAGACAGAGAACAGUCCAGAAAUCAUCCAGAGAGCCAUCAACAACCUGAAGAGAAUGAACACGUUCAGUAUCUCUCCUGACAGAAGCAUCAACAUCUUCCACUGUCUGAUGGAGAUGAACGACCACUCAGUUCAUCAGGAGAUCCAAGAGUUCCUGAAGUCAGAGAACAGAUCAGAGCAGAGACUCUCUGAGAUCCAGUGCUCAGCUCUGGCCUACAUGCUGCAGAUGUCAGAGGAGGUUCUGGAUGAGUUGGACCUGAACAAGUACAAGACGUCAGAGGAGGGACGACGGAGACUGAUCCCAGCUGUGAGGAACUGCAAGAAGGCUCGACUUGGUGGUUGUCGACUCUCAGAGACUCACUGUGAAGUCGUGGCCUCAGCUCUGAAGUCCAACCCCUCCCAUCUGACUGAACUGGACCUGAGUGACAACAAAGACCUGAAGGAUUCAGGAGUGAAGCUGGUCUCUGCUGGACUGGAGAGUCCACACUGUAGACUGGAGACUCUGAGGUUGAAGAACUGCAGGUUGUCAGAGAUCAGCUGUUCUUCUCUGGUCUCAGCUCUGAAGUCCAACCCCUCCCAUCUGAGAGAACUGAACCUGAGUAACAACAACCUGCAGGAUUCAGGAGUGAAGGAGCUGUGUGGUUUUCUACAGAGUCCAGACUGUAGACUGGAGACUCUGAGGUUGAGUCGCUGCAGUUUGUCAGAGAUCAGCUGUUCUUCUCUGGUCUCAGCUCUGAAGUCCAACCCCUCCCAUCUGAGAGACCUGGACCUGAGUCACAACUCCAACCUGCAGGAUUCAGGAGUGAAGGAGCUGUGUGGUUUUCUACAGAGUCCAGACUGUAGACUGAAGACUCUGAGGUUGAAGAACUGCAGUUUGUCAGAGAUCAGCUGUUCUUCUCUGGUCUCAGCUCUGAAGUCCAACCCCUCCCAUCUGAGAGAACUGGACCUGAGUAACAACUCCAACCUGCAGGAUUCAGGAGUGAAGGAGCUAUGUGGUUUUCUGCAGAGUCCAGACUGUAGACUGGAGACUCUGAGGUUGGUGAACUGCUGUUUGUCAGAGAUCAGCUGUUCUUCUCUGGUCUCAGCUCUGAAGUCCAACCCCUCCCAUCUGAGAGAACUGGACCUGAGUCAAAACAAGCUGCAGGAUUCAGGAGUGAAGGAGCUGUGUGGUUUUCUGCAGAGUCCAGACUGUAGACUGGAGACUCUGAGGUUGAUGAACUGCAGGUUGUCAGAGAUCAGCUGUUCUUCUCUGGUCUCAGCUCUGAAGCCCAACCCCUCCCAUCUGAGAGACCUGGACCUGAGUCUCAACAACCUGAAGGAUUCAGGAGUGAAGGAGCUGUGUGGUUUUCUGCAGAGUCCAGACUGUAGACUGGAGACUCUGAGGUUGAGUCGCUGCAGUUUGUCAGAGAUCAGCUGUUCUUCUCUGGUCUCAGCUCUGAAGUCCAACCCCUCCCAUCUGAGAGAACUGGACCUGAGUGAAAACUGGGACCUGCAGGAUUCAGGAGUGAAGGAGCUGUGUGGUUUUCUGCAGAGUCCAGACUGUAGACUGGAGACUCUGAGGUUGAGUCUCUGCAGUUUGUCAGAGAUCAGCUGUUCUUCUCUGGUCUCAGCUCUGAAGUCCAACCCCUCCCAUCUGAGAGACCUGGACCUGAGCAGAAACGACCUGAAGGAUUCAGGAGUGGAGGAUCUGUUAGAUCUUGUGGAGGACCCAGACUACAGACUGCAGACUGUGAGGAAAUAAAGUGCUGAGUCAUCAAGGUGAGAGUCUGUGACUGGUCCAUGUUAGUGGGAGAUAACAAGUCUGAACUGAUCUGAGAACAGCUCCACUGUCAGACACAGAGUCCAGUCCACCAUCAUCCCUGCAGUGGAGUUCAGAGAGGAGCAGUGAAGCUGAUCUGAACAACAUCGUACCAACACUCUACAUUAGUUUUUCCUUCAAGUUGUCCCUGUGUACUUCCUGUUCUUUACUGACUGACUGAUUAAUAUAUACAGUAUACGUAGCACACAGCCUCCCACAGGAGCAUAUUACAUGUAUAACAUACAGUAGUACAACAAGCAGAUAACAGCAGAUAUCAGAGAGUCUUACAGAGUAAAUACACAGAACAUUCAGUUCCUCUGUGUCUGUGUUUGUACGCUGUGAAGCAUGAAAGACUUCUUGUAUAUUCCAGCUGACUGUCAUGAUCCUGAAUCAACAACCAGAGCAGAGCAGCUCAGACUGAGAGUGGUGUGUGUGAGGGAUCUAACAUGUUCAGCUUUCUUUUGUACAGAACCAUUCAAUAUAUAGUAAAGUUGUUUUAUGACUCACCAUCAUCUUCUCUGCAGUUUUAACUCAGAGAGUUUUUCAUCUUUAAAGUUUAGUUGCCGUAUCAAGCUGUUACAUUAAAUGUGAAGAUGCUUUCAGCCAGUCUGUAUGAUGGUGUGUAUUCUAUGUGAUGGCUAAUGCUGAAACUGAAAAUGUUCUGCUUCUUCUACAAGAAGAAAAACUAUUAAUCUUUGACUGGUGUUCACGUCACUUUAUUUCUGUACGUGUGAGAUUUUUCCUUCCAAUAUAUUUUUUAAGGAAUCAAUAAUAAAUAAGUAGCUGGUGAGUGAAAGAAUCGAUCCUGUCCUAUCGGUCCGUCCGUCCUCAGACUGUACUUCUGUCUCUGACACUGAUUCUUUGUUCAGAGAUGUCUGACUUUUAAAUAAAGUAUAACUUCA